AUGGACGACACGCGACCCCUCGCCUCGCUGUCCCUUACCCACGUCUACUAUGACCCCUCCGACCCCCUCUCCCUCGUCUGCGCCUGGCUCGCCCUCCUGCCGCAGGCCCUCUGCGUCGUCUACGCGACCCUGGCCUUUGCCUCGCGCGAGGCCGAGGUCGCCCUCAUGUUCGCCGGCCAGCUCGCCUGCGAGGCCGUCAACUUUGCCCUGAAGCGCCUCAUCAAGGAGGACCGCCCCCGCCGCAUCCACGGCAAGGGCUACGGCAUGCCCUCGUCCCACGCCCAGUUCGUCGCCUUCUGGGCCCUCUACCUCGUCCUCUUCCUCUUUGUCCGCCACCGCGGGCCCCCCGCUCGACAGACCGCGGCAGACGGCGCCAGCAGCAGCAGUAGCGGCAACAGAAGCAGCCCCUACCGCUCGCGCGCCCUGUCCCGCGCCGAACGCGCCGUCGCCGCCCUCGUCGCCGUCGCCACCGCCGCCGCCGUCGCCUGGAGCAGGGUCUACCUCGGCUACCACACGACCAAGCAGGUCCUCGUCGGCCUCACCGCCGGCGCCGCCUGCGCCGUCGCCUGGUUCGCCGCCACAACCCACGCCCGCGACGUCGGCCUGCUCGCCUGGGUCCUGCGGUGGCCCCGUCGUGCGCUGGUUCCGCGUCCCGCGACCUGCUGCUCGAGGAGGACUUUUGCCAGGCCGGCUGGGAGCGCUGGGAGGAGAAGCGCGUGCGUGAGGACGACGCGCUGGUCCGCCAGGAGAAGGCCAAGAAGAGGUGAGGGCGAUUGA